AUGAAGCAUCGAAGAUCGUCAUCAUCAAUGUGCGCCUCAGUGAUUAAUUUUGAAAAAAGUGAUCCGCAGCUUUCUCAAAUGAAUCAAGAAAUAAAAAAAUUAACUUCAGAUCUAAUCCAAGCUAAAGAUAGAAAUCGGAAAUUAAAAAUUGAGCAAGAGUGCAAAGAAAAAUUAACUCCAAGGGCAAAAUCAAGAGCAAAUUCUCAAGCUUCUAUAAGCCCAAGUAUGACGCCAAAAACUUAUUACUCAUCUUCUGAAACUCCAAGGUUUGUUAGUAGAAAAAUUAAUGAGCUAAAAGAGAAAAACCAAAAAUUAUGACUUUUAUUAAGAGAAUCUGAAGAAAAUAGGGACCAACUUAGACAGCACUAUGAGGCAAUUUCUUCUAUUAAUAUUAAAGAAGAAAUAAAAGACUUAGAAAAUGACUUAAAAAAGAAGAAUCAAGAAACUGAAAAUUUAAAAGAAAAGCUUGAAAAUAUGAAGAAUGUUAAGGAAAGCAUAAAAUAUUUAGAUGAGUUAAAAGAGACAAUCAAUAUGCUCAAAAGUGAAAGAUGUAUAGAAAGUGAUUUGAUAAAAGAGUUAGAAUGAAAAAUAGAAAAUAAUACAGAGAAUAGAGUUGAUGAUUUCAGCGGGCAAAUUUCGGAAAAAAUCCAGACACUAAAAGAAAAAGAAAAAGAGAGGAUUAGGUGAUCAUUUAAAUUUAAGAAGGCUAAACUUGUGCUUUUCAAACUUAAAGAUGAGUUGCAGAGAAAACAAUCAAAAUCUUUAUUAGUAGAUCACAAUAAUUCAGAAUUUCCGAUAAAAGAACUCCUUAAUAAAUAUAAAAAAGAAAUAGAAAGCAGGAGACUUGCAAAUGGAUUUAAAAACAAAGUGCACUUUAGAACUAGUUCAAAUAUAAUACCAACUUUUUAUUCAUAA